AAACAAGGAUGGCGCCUGCACCAGCACCAGCAUUGACGGCGGAUCCAGCCUCGUCCUCGUCCGAGGCUCCAACAUACAAGCGGAGAAGAGUGGUGGAAGAGGAGGAGGAGCCGAUGUACAAGUACGACGACGAGGACGAGGAUGAGUAUGAGCAGAAGCGGUAUGUGCCACUCAAGCAGCGAAAGGCCGCCGAGCUGCAAAAGAUUGCCCGGCUCCGCGCUGGUGGCGUUGGUGCUGCCGCUGGGAGUGCGUCGCCGCAAGAGGGCGCACAGAGCCCCAAGCGACGGGCGCAGGACGACGAAGAGGAAGGCGAGGAAGCGGGCAGCAGCGUCGUGAAGCGGAGCACCCAGACGCUGCUCAAAGAGGCAAGAGAGCUGCGAGAAAAGGAGGCCAAGGAGCAAAAGUCAGAGGCACAGAAGCAGAGGGAAGAAGAAGCAAAGAUCCUCGAGGCGCAUGCGGCGAGGAGGAAGCUGGCCAGCGACCUGGAGCUCGCAAAGGGCAUCAACUACUCGGAGCCGCUCAAGACGUCUUGGACAGCGCCAAGAUUCGUGAGGCAGCGGACCGAAGAAGAGAACACGAUUUUGCGCGAGAAAAACCACAUCAUCUCGGAAGGCGUGGACAUCCCUCCGCUCAUCGACAACUUCAGAGACAUGAAGAUUCCUCGCUGCCUCAUCGACGUCUACCUCAAAAACAAGGGCAUCAAGAAGCCAACACCGAUCCAGAUGCAGGGCCUUCCCACCGCCUUCUCCGGCCGCGACAUGAUUGGCAUCGCCUUUACGGGCAGCGGCAAGACGUUGGCAUUCAGCCUGCCCAUCGUCCUCUUUUCGCUCGAAGAAGAGCGACGACUUGCGUACACGCGUGGCGAAGGGCCUCUGGGCAUGAUUGUCUGUCCGAGUCGAGAGCUGGCCAGGCAGACGUACGAAGGCAUCAAGGCCAUGGCCGAAGUGCUGGCGCAGAAUGGAUACCCCACGAUUGGCGUGCUGCUCUGCAUCGGCGGCAUCUCCAUGGCUGAGCAGUCGCACGUCAUGGGCAAGGGCUUCCACAUUGUCGUUGCCACGCCUGGUCGGCUCCAGGACAUGCUCGAAAAGAAGAAGUUCAACCUCGACGUGUGCAAGUACCUCUGCCUCGACGAGGCCGACCGCAUGAUCGACAUGGGCUUCGAGGACGACGUGCGAAACAUCAUGAGCUUCUUCAAGCAGCAGCGGCAGACGCUCCUCUUCUCGGCCACGAUGCCGAAAAAGAUCCAAGAUUUUGCCGAGCAGAGUCUGAUCCGACCCGUCGUCAUCAACGUCGGCCGUGCCGGUGCAGCGAACCUGGAUGUGAUCCAGGAGGUCGAGUAUGUCAAGCAGGAGGCCAAGAUGGUGUACCUGCUCGAGGUGUUGCAGAAGACGUCGCCGCCCGUCAUUGUCUUUAGCGACAACAAGAACGAGGUCGACGACAUCCAGGAGUACCUCUUGCUCAAGGGCGUCGAGGCCGUCGCCAUCCACGGCAGCAAGACGCAGGACGAGCGCGAGUACGCCAUCAAGUCGUUCAAGGACGGCAAAAAGGACGUCAUGGUUGCCUCUGGAGUCGCGUCCAAGGGUCUCGAUUUCAACGAGAUCCAGCACGUCAUCAACUACUCGAUGCCCAACCUGGAAGACUACGUGCACCAGAUUGGAAGAACGGGCCGGAGCGGCAAGACGGGCCUGGCGACAACAUUUGUCAAUAUGAACACGCAGGAACAGACGCUGCUCGAUCUCAAGUACCUCCUCAUGGAGGCCAAACAGCGCAUCCCGCCCUUUUUGGCCGCCAUCGACGAUCCCAGGGCGGCUGCAGGCGGCAACGCGCUGCAGGGCUGCGCCGUUUGCGGUGGUUUGGGCCACAGCGUCAAGGACUGCCCCAAGCUCGAGGAGAACCAGCGCCGACAACGGGCUGGCAUGUCGGGCGCAGACGGUGGCGGCUACUGAGCAUAUCCCUCUUCUCUUGCAUCAUAAAAUGUAUUCUAAUUCCUCUCUCCAUCUAUGCUGUCAU